AUGGUUCCGCCCUCGUCGGCGCCUGCGGCGCAGACGACACGAAAUCGACCGCCUCCACAAGACUACAUGGUCCAAAAUGGCUUGUACCGGCGGCCCCAUCACUCCCUGCCACCGUCCGGCGGCCAGCCUCAGGUGGUCACGGCUGGACGGCAGUCCCUUCAGCCACAGCCGCAGCCCAGACAGCCGCAGCCGCAGUUUCAGCAACCGCUGCAGCAGCGGCCGAAGCCGCAGCCCGCGAGCGCCCGUCCGAGCACCGGCGCUUUUGCUGAGCCUUUGGCCAAUCUCCCCGUCCACUACAACUUCGGGGGCUCUUCGGCCUCCGCCCAGAAGCGGACGAGGCGGCGCGACCAUGCAGAGUUCAGUGAUGACGAUGAGCUGGCACCAAGCAGAUCCUUCAACCAGAUGAAGCUGUCACUGCUGGUCCGGUGUAUCUGCUUCAUCCACCAGGAGAUCCUCCGCAGAGACAAGGAAGAGCUCUGUGAGGAAGCACAGGGCCUCCGCGACCUCUACAACGAGGAGCGGUAUCACUUGUCCAACUGCCACACAGACCUCCGAGGGUGGCGAAAAUCUCUGGGCGACACCAAUCCCCUGGAGAUCGCAGCUUUCAUCCUUGGCCUCUUCGAGAAUGGCUUCUUCGAGGUCUCGGAGUUGAUAUGUUGCCUUAUUUUCCUGCGCCGCUUCCGGGAGAAGACCGGGCUUAGUCUGGAUGCGCUCUGCUGGAGGCCUCUCUUUGUGGCAGCUCUUCUGGUCACGGACAAGUACCUCAUCGACAGCUCGGUGAAGGGCAGCUCCAUGGCUGAGCAGUCCAUGUUUCCCGUGCUGACGCCAUCGCAAGUCUUUUCUCUGGAGUUGACCUUCUGGAAGAAGCUGGACUAUGGCUGCCUGUGGCUGAAUCGACAGCACUUCAAGGCCUUCUGCCAGGAGCUCGAGUUCAAUGUGCAGGACAGCCUGGAGGUGGCGCGUUUUGUCAAAAGCCACAACUACGUGAAGUCCGACACCUUCACGUGGGGCGAAAGUCCAGGGCACGAGAUGCUCCUAGACUACUCGCAGCAGGCCGAGGCAAAGCGAUGGGAGAAAGGCGCAGGCUCGGGAGCACAACUACCUUUCUCUAGGCCCUCCAACGGCAUCACGGGAAAGCCCGUUCAGCCGUGGAAGCCUAGGCAGACGGUCUACGCGCAAAGCCCGCCGAAGGACGAUCAGCUUCAGAAGGAGGACGCAGAUGCCUUAGCCAUCCGCGAGGGCGUAUCUCCGCGGAGAAAGGCAGAGAAGGGUGUGCCUCCAGCGAUGUACUGCAACGGGAGCAAGCCACGCGCCAGCUCCCACACUUUCGUUGGGGAGCGGCAUGCGCCCAACCCAAGCGGUGGAUCCGUUCUGAAACACAGCGGGUCACCGCAGCCUCCUGCAGUGGCACAGAGUCCACCAGAAGGGUCCCUGCUUCAGCAGUCGCCCAGGAGACCACCGCACGUCUCCUCGGGCCCAUGCCUAUUUGCUGGCAAUGCCGGCAAUACUGCUGUCCUUCGGGAGGUUCAGUAUGGUCGCGAGGACCCGAGCCUGCUGUCAUUUGCAGAAAAGACCAACAUGUUCAACGCGAGAAGUCAGAGCCAGGGCGAUCCUAGCUCCCGGCGACCAUCGAGGCCGAUGCCACAGCCCGCACCGGCGCCUGCAGCCGUGGCGCCACAAGGCGCGCCGAGGCCGAGCAUAACGGUGGGAGCUGGCCUCAAUGGCUACGAUCCUGCGAGGGGCUUCUCCUUCGCACCGAACAGCCGUAGCACCCUCCCUGUGACCAUGAAACCGUGCGUGCAGCCGCCGGCGCCUGCAAACAUCGCGCGAUCCGCGGCGGGGACACCGCAACAGUUGACGCCCGCAGGCCCGAACCAGGCGCACAUCUACGGCGGGGUGCAUGCCCGCGGUCGGUCGACGUCGCCCGCCUACAAUGCAGGCGCACCCGGCUUCAUCGCGACAACGAUGAGGCACCCGCAGCCAGUGAUCUACCGGCGGUAG